AUGGCUACCGUUAUCAUUCAACCGGGUUACUCCCCUGAUCUCCGCCGAAAGACCCCAACCCUCUCCCCAUCCCCCAUCUCCGCCAAUUCGACCCUUCCCCGCGUACGGAAUGGAGCAAGCUGUGACGCCUGUCUCCGCAGAAAGAGCAGGUGUGCUAUGAACGAGAUGGUCAACAAAUGUUAUUCCUGCGAUUUCCAUCGCCAGGAAUGUACCUUCACACUGACCGGCGAGUCGAAGAAGAGGAAACUCUCAGACCAGCCGGAGGUCGUGAAACGACAAGCCAUACGUCCACAAUCAGAAUGCCAAUCCCAACUUCAACCCCAAUCACAAUCACAACCGCAAUCCCAACAGCAACCGCAAUCACAAUCGCACAUUGUAUCCGAGUCCACGCAUCCGCACGCCUUGAAUAUGAUUCGCCCUGGCUUCUUCAACCAGUCCACGCAGCAUAUUGGCAUGACCACGGAGUUAGAACCGACACUGCUAGAAUAUCUCCCGCUAGAUAAAUAUGACGAAUGUACAGUAUCGAACUCACGCGUGCGGAAGUGCGCCGAUGACGGUACUUUCAUGCGAGUCGUCGAUACACCUGUCGGAGACUCACAGGCGAUUUCGGUCGAUGCCAUUGAGAGCUUAGUUGCGCCCUAUGGCGCAACAUUGAUUGAGAAAUUCUUUGACCAUGUGCACCCUUCUUUCCCGAUUAUGAUUGAGGAGGCUUUCCGGCAGUCCUACCGGGAACGCCGGGGCUUGUCACCGCUCCUGCUGGCAUCCGUCUACGUCUUGACCUUAAAGUUCGUGGACGUAGGAGCUAGCUCGCAGACGGCCCGCAAGCCCGAUGCCGCAAGGCUGGAAGCAACGGCCUUGAAACUACUCAUGGAAUCAUUGCCCUCGCCCAGUGUGUCAACAAUUCAAGCCGGACUUUUGUUGACGCAGAAGUCAACAUUAGCUACGGCGUCCCUGAACGGGCAAUUAGUCACGGCUGGGUUUGAAGUAGGUCUGCAUCAGGAUUGCACCAACUGGCGAAUGGAGACGUGGGAGAAGGGCCUCCGCAAGCGACUUGCCUGGGCUCUUUAUCAGCAGGACAAAUGGUCGUCGCUUGUGAACGGCCGGCCCUCGCAUAUUUUCGCCUUCAACUGGACGGUGAAGGAUUUAGUGGAGCAGGACUUCUCGGAUGCUUUUGCCUCCGGCACGGAUUCUUCACACGACGAGACAGCAGUCGGUCACGGUCCACUUCUUUUCUGCCACAUGGUGGCAUUAACGACAAUUCUCUCCGAUAUCCUAGACAGGUUCUAUACACUUCACGCUAUUGAGGAAUUCUCCGCGGCUGGAAACCAGCGUACGCGAAUGAUUCUUGAAAAAGCUAAACCGGCACAAAUCCGCUUAAAGGACUGGUUCUCUUCCCUCCCUCCCUCGCUCAAGAUGGAGACCUCAACCGGAGAACUCGUCGAAACUAUUACGGACGAACACGCCCGCAACGGUGCUCUUCACCUUGCCUACUUCGCCACUGAAAUCACAUUGCAUCGUUGCAUUGUCCGCUCCCUUCUCGCAGAAGGAACAGAUCCUUACCUGGCGCACAUCUGCCGUUCAGCCGCCAAAACCCGUUUGAUCUCCGCAAUGGACUUUGUUAACCGUUUACGCCCCGCCCACCUGCGCUCCUUCUGGCCCGCCUCGGCACGCACCAACUUCUCUUUAAUCGGCUCUUUCGGCAUGCUUCUUCGGAUCACUGCUCCCACUAAUGAGGAAGCUGAAUUCUAUCGUGUACGGCUCUGCGAGUACCGCUGGACACUGGGUGUCAGCCAUAAAAAUGCUGCCUUCAUGGGCUUUGCGCUUCAGAGUCUCGACAACGCAACUGAGCUCCACAAACAUGUGCCCGCGAAGCCGGGCAUCGAAGAGCUCAUGGCGGGAUCUGCAAAGAAUGGCAUGCAGCGAAUGCCUGCUACGACGCACGCUUCUUAUGACGACGCCAUGAUGGAAGCCGGCGGUGCUUCUAGCUCGGUGAUUUCGGGCCUCGCCUCACCCGCUACUUCCGUCAGUGAUAUGGAAGAUGAGGUCUCUAUCGCUCCUCUCUGA